CUGAUAAUGGCCUUGAGGGUUUAUCAUCGCUUAUCAAUGCCAGAUCCGUGAUCCUUGUGUCAUCCGUUUCAAAGGUGUGAAAUCAUUUAAUUUUUGCGACUGAGUGUGUUACAAAUUUCACCGUGAAAGAUAAGGCUAUUUACUUUGUGUCCCUUUGGGCACAAGCCGCGGCCGAGAGUGAGAUGUCAGUGCGAACGGUCGUGAGUCGACUGUUCCAAAAUGGUCGAUAUAUAUUCGAAAUCCUCCGACCGCAACACAGAGUUGUGGACUUUCCGAAAGUCAAGAUUUUUCCCCGAGGAAUUCAAGCCCCCGAAGCUGCUCAUCUAAGCGCCCAGCAUGCAGUUCCGAAUCUAGUUAACGCGAGCAUUCAAGCUCACUUCCAGAGUGCACGUAAACUCUUUGUUGAUAACAUCCUCAAGAGAGUCACCAAUUCCCUCGCUGCUGAUUUGAGACGAAGGACUGCCAAGAAGUUACUGUUCGGGGACUCCACUCCCUUCUUUGCAUUGGUUGGAGUAAGUUUAGCAUCAGGCACAGGAAUCUUAACCAAAGAGGAUGAAUUUGAAGGUGUUUGUUGGGAAAUAAGGGAUGCCGUAAGUAGGAUGAGAGAUCGUUUACAAGAAAUUGAAACAAUUUCAAUUGAAGAUGUCGAAGGUCUGGGGCAACUCAAACUUGGCAAGGCUUUGGCAAAGGGGAGCAAUGCUGUAAUAUAUGAAGCAGAAAGAAAAGAAGUGGGAAAUGAAGUAGAUCAAGCCUCUAAAAGCAAUCAAGAAUUUUCUUUGGCUGUGAAAAUGAUGUUCAACUACGAUGCAGAAUCUAAUGCCAUGUCGAUUCUACGUGCCAUGUAUAGGGAAACAGUGCCUCUGCGAUCAGUUCCAGCAAGUGUCAGAAUAGAUGAUUUCGAAAAAAGUUUUGCCGAACGAAUCAUUCGACUUCCGCCUCAUCCGAACAUUGUAGCAAUGUAUAAUUCUUUUGUUGACUACAUUCCGGAUUUGCCUGGCUCCCGGAAGUUGUACCCUGAUGCUCUUCCAUCUCGCAUAAACCCAGACGGCUAUGGGCGCAACAUGUCAUUAUUCCUCCUCAUGAAGCGUUAUGAUACAAACUUGAGAGACUAUAUUAAUAACACCAAUACAGAAAUUCGGGACAAGAUUCUCAUUUUGACGCAGAUCUUAGAGGGUGUUUCCCAUAUGAAUCGACACAAUGUUGCUCAUCGAGAUCUUAAAAGUGAUAAUAUUCUGCUUGAAACCGUUGGGGAUUAUGCAGAAUGCCCUGGUGUUGUGAUAACAGAUUUUGGUUGCUGCUUGUCGGACAAUGUCAAUGGUUUGUCUUUGCCGUACAAGUCUCCGGACACUGACAGGGGUGGAAAUGCUGCUCUAAUGGCACCAGAGGUCGCCACUGCUCAACCUGGCCUAUUUUCCAACAUUAACUAUUCUAAAUCAGAUGUAUGGGCUGUUGGAGCUAUAGCUUAUGAACUGUUUAAUGGAGUCAAUCCGUUUUACCAGACAAACAAGGAAACCCCAGCCCUUCGCAACACAACAUACACUGAAGAAGAUUUGCCGGCGCUUAAUGAAAAUGUCCCAGUAACCAUUGCCAAACUUAUUGCUGCUUUAUUGAUCAGAAAUCCUAACAAGAGACCGUCUGCUGAGCUGGCAGCCACUGUAUGUCAACUUUACCUUUGGGCACCAAGUGCUUGGCUCAACAUGCCUGAAAACUCCUUGCCAUCCAAUAGUGAGUUGUUGCAAUGGUUAUUGUGUCUUGCAACAAAGGUUCUCUAUCAAGGCCAUUCCUCGGCUGUCUACAGUCAGCCUGCCACGGGAAAGCAGCGUACUGCAACAGAAUAUCAGCUUAUUGCCUCUUUCUUACACCGCAUCAAGUUGAAAACUCUGCGCCAAGCUCUCACAUGGAUCCAAUCCGUAUGAACUCAAGAUAAUCACUAGUAAUUUUUUGGUUGUUCUUUCACAAUUCAUCUGAUCAUUGUUCAAAUCUGUAUUGUAUUCUUUGCUUUAUUUUGCUAAGAAUUUUUACACAAGGCAUAAACUAAAUAUUCUGCCUUAUUUCUUUUAUUCACAUUUUAAAACUUUGUUGAAAUCAAACUUGAAGGAUUUCUUAUCCACUUUAUUUCUUUUUUUCCUUUACUUUUUGGUCAUCAAAUCCCAUUUUUAUUUUCUUUAAAACCCUCAAGGCUUUUUCUAGGCUAUUUUUUCCUAUCAUUUUUCCUUUAUAUUUUUUGUUCUUUCAAGUAUUCUCAAAAAUACUGCAGCACCCCCGAGAAAACUUAUCGUCAUCAUUUUUAUCAAAAUACUUUAUUUUAUCACUUAACAUAUGUAUGCCAUCUCAUGUUUUAAGAGAAUACAUUGGUAUUUUCCUGAUUUUAUUGUGACCAGGAAGAGUAUUAUUCACCUAAUGUUUUAGUGAAAAAAAAAAGAUAGAAUUAUCAUAAUGCAAGAGCUCUUUUUCUGAAUUUUUAGCAAAUUUCAAAAAAAAAUUUCUGAGGCCCAACCUCAAGAAGAUGAACAAUGUUAAUAAAUCACCUGCCUCCUCCAAUGAUAUGUCUCUUACAUAUUUGUACGGAGAAUUUUACAUGAUGAAAACCUUCAAAAAAUGGUAAAACUUUUUUGCAUUCAUUCUCUUUGUAUUUCAAAUCUUCUUUUGGCAUUAGUUUUAUCCCAUCAGAAUUUUGAAACACCAUUUUUUUAAUUAAAUUUAUGAUAAUAUUUCUAAUCUUCCUAACACCUACUCUUUUUUUUAAACAUCAUUUCACAGAAAUUCGCCAUUCAAAUUUUUUCAAACCUUAUUUUCCAGCUUUGUUAGUAGAUUAUUAUCACAGGAAAGACAUAGAAAAAGAGAAAUUUUCUCUUCAGAUCAUACUCAAGAAUACCAAAAUCAUAGUAAAUGUACUUAAUGUUAUUGAUUCCCAUUCAACUAAUUUGCUUGUACCUAUGUAUUAAUUAUCUGGUCAAAGUUUUGUAAUGAAUGUUCCUACAAGGAGAAACUGUGGUUUUUUUGUUGUUUUGUGUUAAUUAAAUUAACAUAUGUAAGAAAGUAUGAAAAUAAAACAUAUUUGAGAAGUUGAUUAAA